GAACAUUAUCAGUUGGAGUCUUGGUUGAGUUUCUGCUAAAGCCACCGUGUCUUUUCCUCAGCCGCUCGGUCACAGCCCUUCAAUUUCGCUUGCUCUCUUUCACAUUUUAUCCGCCAUAUCCAUAGUUAAUUCAAGCAUAGUUCAUCUCAAAGAUACAUUAGCAGCAACCGCAGCAAUGACCUGCGUUGCAAUGAGCUCCACAGCUCGAUUAUUCACUACCUUCAACGACUUCUCAGUUCGACGCCGUUUUACGCCUCAGUCAAGAUGUUUAAGAGUGGCCAGACCUUGGCCUAGAUCCAGAGCUUCGAGAAUCGUUUGUAUGGCGGAGCCGUAUCUGAUAACGAAACUGGAAUCUGCGGAGAAGACGUGGAAGGAAUUAUCGGUUAGGCUAGCUGAUCCAGAUGUUGUCUCGAAUCCCUCUGAAUACCAAAAACUGGCUCAGUCUGUGUCGGAACUCGAUGAGGUUGUAUCAACAUUCAGGGGAUUUAAAGAAUGUGAGAAGCAGUUAGAGGAGGCCAAAGCUUUAUCUGAAGAGGAGGGCACUGAUGUAGAUAUGGCUGAGAUGAUAGCAUCUGAAAUCAGUUCUCUAUCUGGUCAACUUAAAGAGCUUGAGGAGAAGCUUAAGGUGCUACUGCUUCCAAGUGAUCCUCUUGAUGCAAGAAAUAUAAUGCUUGAAGUGAGGGCAGGUACUGGUGGUGAUGAGGCUGGAAUUUGGGCCGGUGAUCUUGUCAGAAUGUAUCAAAAGUACAGUGAAAGGAACUCCUGGAAAUCCACCCUAAUUUCAUGCUCCGAGGCUGAAAAAGGAGGAUUCAAAACCUGUGUGAUAGAGGUCAAAGGGAAAUGUGUCUACAGCAAAUUGAAAUAUGAAUCAGGUGUUCACCGGGUUCAACGUGUUCCUCAAACAGAAACACAGGGUCGUGUGCACACGUCUACUGCAACUGUAGCCAUCAUGCCUGAGGCUGAUGAAGUUGAGGUGGAAAUUGAUCCAAAAGACAUUGAACUCACAACUGCAAGAUCUGGUGGUGCUGGAGGCCAGAAUGUCAACAAGGUAGAGACAGCAGUUGAUCUCUUCCACAAACCAACUGGAAUCCGCAUCUUUUGCACUGAAGAAAGGACCCAACUUCAGAACAAGAGUCGUGCUUUACAGCUGCUAAGAGCAAAAUUGUAUGAAAUAAAAGUAAGGGAGCAGCAAGAGUUAAUAAGGAACCGACGAAAAUCACAGGUUGGUACUGGUGCUCGUGCCGAAAAGAUUCGAACCUACAAUUAUAAGGACAAUCGGGUUACUGACCACCGGCUAAAGACGAACUUUGAGCUUACAUCUUUUCUUGAAGGCGAUAUCGAGAAUGCAGUUCAGGCUUGUUCAGCUAUGGAACAGAAGGAACUCCUUGAAGAGCUUGCUGAGUCUGUGGCUACAACUGCUGGCUAAAUUGCAACAUUCCAUGAUACAUUCCAUGAUCUCCGGAAUUGGAGCGUUUGGGAUGUGAGGAACUUGGAAGGAAAUUAAAAGAAAUUACUCAAUCAACAAAUCAAGAAAAGCACCCUGGCUUGCAGUCCCAAUUGUUCAUGACAAUUCUCUCUUGGUUGGCUGUCAAAAUUGUUCAAAUACAAAGGCAACUUAAACAUUUUUAAAAUGCAAUGGCAUGGUGUUGUGUAGAAAAUGGUUGUAUUGGUUAUAUUGCUUUCUUUCUUUA